AAAACGGCAACGCUUCCGCAGUCCGUGUCGAGGACGAAAUCGAGAGGAUUCAUAUCAGAAGGUGAAAAAGUAACUUGUGGGGAAGUGCGAGUGUCCGGAAAAAACCUUAUAAGUUUUGAAAAUUGGUAAUUGUCUGCAAGUGAAACCUCGAAAUGGUGCGUCGUGGAUGCUGCUUUCGACAACAUCCAUCUUUGAAGACGGUACCGUGUUUCAAGGAAUAAAUGAAUCAGUAGUAGUGUUGCAUUUUGUGCGGUACUAAUUUAAUGGCCGUAUUCGAUGAUAGUAACAGCAGCAGCGGCAGCAACUAUAUUUGCAAUUUGAGGAGCAGCAAUGGUAGCAGCGUUGUUGGUGGAAGCAGCAAUAUUUUCAAUACCGGCUCAGCUACAAAAGAGGCGAAAAUUCCCAGCUUGUUCCUGUACGAGGCCACCGUGGCGGGCCUGUCGUGUCAAAUGUCGGCCGAAACAGACGACACGGAUGAUGAGCAACAACAGGCGCUCGAUCCGUAUUCACAGCUCGAGGAAGAUCUGCGGAACAUCAAAUCCGUGAUUCACGUCACUCGCGAAAAUAUCGAUGCGCUCAACGCCAAGUUUGCUGAUUUUCAGCAACCUCCGGCCCUCUACUUGGAAGAAUACCAGGAGCUGACCUCGAAAUUGCACGACCUCGAAACCAAGGAGCAAGAGCUAAUUGAGCGGAAACAGCAGAUGCAGAUACAACAGCAGCAGCAACAACAGCAAAGCGAGAGGGAAUCGACUAGUGAACCGAGUGAACCGCCAGAUCCGGAGGAACGUGUUGAGGUUGAUAGCAUGUGUGGAACAUUAAGCCGUACUUCUAAAAUGCUGUUACGAGCGCAUCUACCUAACCAACAGAGAACUUCGGUUCAGGUGGUACCCGGUAUGCGAUUGAAGGAUGCACUAGCAAAAGCACUAAAACGUCGUAAUUUGACUUGUGACAUCUGUGAAGUAACAUCAGCCAAUAGCGAUCAUCCUAUACCGUGGGACACGGACGUUUGUGCAUUGCACUGCGAGGAGGUGUUUGUUCGCAUAUUGGAUAUUGGCUUUCCAACGUACAUCUCACAUCAAUUCAUACGAAAAACAUUCUUUUCGCUGGCGUUUUGUGAAUGCUGCCGUAGACUACUGUUCACCGGAUUCUACUGUAAUCAGUGCAACUACCGGUUCCAUCAGCGUUGCGUGGACAAGGUUCCGCCAAUUUGCAGCAAACGGCACAUGGAUAAUACGAUGUACCAUCAUUUGCUCGCAAAUCCGGAGAGCACAGUUGGAAUAAUUCAUCCCGGCACUGGCGGUUAUAGCACCAGUCUGCGCCAUCCACGCUCACUCAACCAGCAAGAUCGGUCCAACUCGGCACCGAAUGUGUGUAUAAAUAACGUGAUGAAGCCUUUGUUCGGAGUUGAUACACGUGCGUUGAUCAAUUGCAGACCAUUGCAGGCACAGGCUAACCAGGAACACUCACAUUCCACUCAAGCAUCACCGACGAACACAUUGAAGCACAGUAAACGACCUAGAGCAAGGUCGGCCGAUGAAAGCAAUAAAAAUCUGCUGUCGCCACGGGACUCAAAGCAAUCGGAGGAAAACUGGAAUAUUCAAGCGGAGGAGAUCCUAAUUGGUCAACGCAUCGGAUCGGGUUCGUUCGGAACGGUGUACAAAGCCCACUGGCACGGUCCGGUUGCAGUGAAGACGUUAAACGUCAAAACGCCCAGCUCGGCGCAGCUGCAGGCCUUCAAGAACGAGGUGGCCAUGCUGAAGAAAACUCGUCACUGUAAUAUAUUGCUAUUCAUGGGUUGUGUAAGUAAGCCGUCGCUCGCAAUCGUUACCCAGUGGUGCGAGGGCAGCAGUUUGUACAAGCAUAUUCACGUCAACGAGACAAAGUUCAAGUUGAACACAUUGAUCGACAUUUCCCGACAGGCGGCCCAAGGGAUGGAUUAUUUGCAUGCCAAAAACAUUAUCCAUCGGGAUUUAAAAUCAAACAAUAUUUUCUUGCAUGACGAUUUCUCGGUAAAAAUAGGCGAUUUCGGUCUGGCUACAGCGAAAGUUCGAUGGUCGGGAUCACAACAAUCCAAUCAACCUACGGGUAGUAUUCUUUGGAUGGCACCGGAAGUAAUUCGCAUGAAGGAUCAGAAUCCGUAUUCCUUCCAGAGUGAUGUCUACGCGUUUGGUAUAGUACUGUAUGAGAUGCUAACCGAACAGCUCCCCUACAGCCAUAUAAAUAACAAAGAUCAGAUCCUGUUCAUGGUCGGUUGUGGCAAGUUACGACCCGACUUGACCAAAGUUCGAUCCGACUGCCCACAGGCUCUCAAACGUUGUGUGGAGGACUGCAUUAAGUUCAACCGCGAAGAGCGGCCGCUCUUCCGGCUGCUAUUGAAUAUGCUUGAAAACAUGCUCCGAACGCUGCCGAAAUUCCACCGCAGUGCCAGCGAGCCAAAUUUCACCCAAACGCAGCUUCAAAAUGAUGAUUUUCUGUAUCUGUGUUCAAGUCCAAAAACGCCGGUGAAUUUCCAUAAUUUUCAAUUUUACAACGGCGUCGGCAAUAUUUAGCGUAUUCGCUGCGCUCCAGCGCCCUGCGGGGCAUAACUGGCUACAUUAUUACUAUGGCAGUUUCCGUCACAUUUGUAGGGCUCUAGUUAUUGACUUUUAAAUAAUUAUUCCAGCGCACCCUGACAUAGUAGAUGCGGGGCAAUGGCAUACGUUAAAUAAGGGUACAAAAUUGGUCUCCCCGACUUUUGCAGAGUGUCAUGAGAGGUAUUUGAGAGUAAUGAUGAUUGGCACGCAGCGCAGUAGAAAGCGGAUUGUAGAAGGUUUAUCUCAAAACUUGUGUAAAUAACACGACAUACCACUUGUUGGUGUGGUUAGGCAGUUUAUCUUACAAGAUUAGAGUAUGAGUUGAACACAAAAACAGUUCUUGGGCGAAGCUGAGCGCGAGGAGAAUGUUUAUUUCAUAGGCUGUACUGUAUCAUCACUCUAAGCUGCAAAGUUUAGGUCACACUUUUAGGCUGAUAUUGUUUUUAUAGUUGUGUAUGUUUAUUUUUUGUGUAGAUGAUUUUAGUUAAGAUCUAGUAGGUAAUUUGAAAACAAGUAACCUGUCGACGAUUUCAUUAGUUUUAGUUGAAACAUGUAUAUUAGUUUGUUUGCAGCUCUACUCUAUCAUAUUUGCUCAAGUUUGUUUCUGUUGUUUUUUCGUUUAUACAAAUUCGGGUUGUUUUUUUCUUUUAGCACGAGAAGCGUUGGGAAGAAAGAUUGACUAUAAACCUUAUGCUUGUUUAUCAAUUAUAUACGCUUGUAUCGUAGUUUGUGCAGCAUUUUCUGCUAAGAAUUACGUAACUUCGAUUGACUUUCCUGACAAUUUAAUUUACUAUGAAUAUGUAAUUGAUAACGGUAAAUCUAUCCAACGCGCCAGAAGAUUAGGAAACGCAGUUAAAAUUUUUAUGCUUUCAUAUUACUUGUAUAGUGAAAUAAGUGUUUCUUUUUGAGAAAUAAUCUUCAUUAGCACUAUUCGAUAGAAGUUUAUCGGUAUUCAUGUUUUUUUAUUUGCAUAACGUUUCAUAAAAAUUCUAAUUGGAAAUAUUUUUUUUUUCUAUUUUUUGUAUAACCAUGACAAGUAUUAACCCAUUUAAAAAAAAUCAAAGUUUUCUACCAACCUAUCCAGUCUUCGGAUCAGGGAUCGGAGUUUUCUGUACCAGGACAAAAGUAAAAAUUUGGGCUACAGACACAUUGUUUGUAAAACUACAGUCAUUAAAGAAUAUCGUAAAACACUGCAGUCCAAAGAGCCCAAAAGCAAGAUGUAUCAAUACGCAUUCCAUAGUUGAAACGGUAGAUUGGCAAAUGUUUAAAGUUACUUGAUGACGGCUAAAGAGCAACACAGUUGUUGAAAAUGUAGAAUACUAACUAAAACUGUUGUGUUUUUUCUUGAUAAAUCCAAAAAGUUUCGUUUGGUAGAAAAUUAUCCUUAAAAUAACAUUCCGGCAUUUUUAGAUUGGUACAUAUAACUCUGAUCAAUCUACAUUUAAACAGUAAUUAUUUAAUAUUGCUGCAUUUUUUUAUUUGCGUUUGUCGUUGUUCUCAUAAAUCGAAAACAAAUGGAUUUCUUUCUUUUCUAACUUACGUUGAUUUUGAUUAUGACUGGUCGCCGUAAUUUAAUUACUUAGUAGAUCUGUAACCUGUGUAAAAACAAAAAAUAAUAGCAGCUCAGGUUUUAGUUGCUAUUCUAUGAAUUUAGCGAAAACUUGAUUAAUUAUUUCAAGCAUUGGAAUUGCUCGCUUCUUUUUGAUUUUGUAUUUAAAACACUGAAAUGAAAUUUUAACGCUACCGAUUCGCUUUGCUUGUUUAGGCUUAUCGCUUUUUAACGUUCUUAAUUUUUUAUCCUUUCGUUACAUUUUGGAUCAUUUAGGGGAAAUAAAAAAAUAUUGGUUCUUUGUAUUAAUCUCCGCUGCAUUACCAGCGGAAAUGGUAAAAUACAAUUGAAUCUAUCGUUAUUAAGAAUGAAAAUACGAACGCGGAAACGACAUAUGCAUGCUGGCGGAAACCAGUCAAAAGCAAAAGUAAACAACCUGGUAGUAUGAACAAACAGAAACAGAUAAAGGUUUAUAAAAAUCAAGAGAUUUACAUUUAUGUGUGUAAAUAAUGUUAAGUACAUAUUUAAGCUUGCUAGUAUUUGACCAUCAGCAUGGCAAAAGGAAGAAAAAAAAAAAAACAAGAAAACAGAUUGACUAAGGAAAUCAUGCAAAAACUAGCAAUGAAAAUUGUAAUUCAAUAAUUGCUCACGGGAUAGUCCCGGAAGCCUAGAAGUGAGUGACUCAAAAACACAAUUAUCGCGAGACGAAAUUCUGGGGGGUAAUGCUUAGCAAAGAGGAACCAACAUCUUUCCGGACACACUCUAGCUAGAGAGUGGCAGAAGUCAUAAUAGUCCUGGUGACAUGGUAGAAUGGAAUGAGAAGAAAAAUAUCACAUUUAUAAAUACCUAAACAAAAAGUAAAUUAUACAUGCCACUAUCGCAUCUAUGGAAUCGCAAUGAGAAGGAAACCGAUGGAGAAAACAUGAUUGAAACUCUGAACAGAAAGUACAUAAAGCAAAAACUAAAAACUAUAAAUUUAAACAGAACGUGAUAGCUGAAACAAUGCUGAACGGUAAAACAAUUAGCUAACUGUACACAGUUAUAA